GGGUCAUUGUGAAUUUCGUUUUUGCACAAUAACAAUGGGAAUCUUGUAAAGUAAUCAUGAAUGGUUAGAGAUUUUCUUUAUUUUUUUCUUUGGUAGUCUGAGAAUUUCGUGAUGUUGUAUUGCAAUUGAUAUUUUGUAUACAAUUUUGAGAUGGCAACUACUUCGCCAUCUCCAAAUUCUUCCCCCUCUGCUAUCUCUCCUGAGUCCACCCCUCCACCACCUCAGCCUUCCUCUCCACCAACUCAGCCUUCUUCUCCUCAACUGGCUCCUCUUACUACUCCAUCUUCUGAUCCCAAUGCGAAUCCACCAGACCUUGUAACUCCUUCUCCUCCAUCCCCACCACCUCAAUCACCUCCCACCCCUAACCUCACAUCUCCUCCUCCUUCCUCCCUAUCUCCACCACCACUACUCACGGUGUCUUCACCGACACCCGCUGCCAGUUUGCCGUCGUCUACAACAUCACCUCCUCCUCAAUCUGUUUCUCCUCCCCCAGCUAAUGUUCCACCUCCAUCCUCAAAUUCUCCACCACCACCACCACUUUCAAAUCCACCAGCAAUUUCACCUCCACCUCCAUCAUCAAAUGCUACUUCACCUCCACCUCCACCUCCAUCGGCUGACCCACCAGCCAUUUCACCUCCACCACCAUCAUCUAAUCCACCAACAGGUUCUCCUCCACCUCCAUUAUCAGAAACCCCAAAGAAUUCACCUCCUCCACCCCAAUCAAAGCCACCAACAAGUUCACCUACCCCUCCGUCAUCACUGCCUCCUGAAAAUUCUCCACCCCCACCAUCGUCAAAGCCACCAGAAAGUUCAACCCCACCACCAGCAUCUAAACAACCACCUCCUUCACCGGCAUCAAUGCCACCCAUUGCAUCACCACCUCCACCUCCUUCACCGGCAUCAAUGCCACCCAUUUCAUCACCACCACCUCCUGGGCUUAAUUCUUCAUCCAGUACUCCGUCAGCUUCUCCACCCAUUGCAUCACCACCACCACCUCCUGGGCUUAAUUCUUCAUCCAGUACUCCAUCAGCUUCUCCGCCUUCCUCAAAUUCUCCUCCAAAAUUACUACCACCACCACCACCACCACCACCACCCAUAAUGCAUCAAUCACCGCCUCCUCCCUUACUUCUGUCUCCACCCUCUCCUCCUCCUCCUUCUCCUUCUCAAGUUCCAGAUCCACCAUCAAGUAAUCUAACGACCAACAAUUCUAGUGCCAAUGCACCAGAAAUAUCAGUCACCACAGGUAAUGGGGGCCUUAGUACAGGAGGUACAGUGGCUAUUGGUCUAGCACUAAGUUUCUUACUGCUUAGUCUCAUUGGAAUUGCUGCCUGGUGCAUAAGAAGGCAAAAGAAAAAGGUUUCCGGCAUUAAUGGUGGCUACAUUUUGCCAACCUCAUCUUCCUACAAAUCAGAUUCUGCCUUGUUAAAGGCACAGUCAUUGGCAACCCAUUUUGGAAGUAGUUCUGGCAGUGAUAUUGUAUAUUCGCCAUCAGAGCCAGGUGGUUUAGGCAGUUCAUCAAGAUCGUGGUUUACAUACGAAGAACUAGUGGAGGCCACAAAUGGGUUUUCAGUGCAGAAUCUUUUGGGUGAAGGUGGAUUUGGUUGUGUAUACAAAGGGUACCUAGCUGAUGGGAGAGAGGUUGCAGUAAAGCAGUUAAACAUUGGUGGGGGACAAGGGGAGCGAGAAUUUAAAGCUGAGGUUGAAAUUAUUAGUCGCAUACACCAUCGUUAUUUGGUUUCACUAGUGGGUUAUUGCAUUUCUGAGAAACAAAGACUACUUGUCUACGACUAUGUCCCUAACAACACCCUUUACUUCCAUCUUCAUGGAGAAGGUAGGCCAGUUAUGGAUUGGGCAACACGUGUGAAAAUUGCUUCUGGUGCUGCUCGUGGAAUUGCUUAUCUCCAUGAAGACUGCCAUCCUCGGAUUAUUCACAGGGAUAUUAAGUCAGCAAAUAUUCUUUUAGAUAACAACUUUGAAGCUCAGGUUUCUGAUUUUGGGCUCGCUAAAUUAGCUCUCGAUGCAAAUACACAUAUAACCACACGUGUUAUUGGAACCUUUGGAUACAUGGCUCCUGAAUAUGCAUCAAGUGGCAAACUGACCGAGAAAUCUGACGUAUUCUCAUUUGGAGUUGUUCUUCUGGAGCUAAUUACUGGACGCAAGUCUGUGGAUCCAUCUCAACCCUUGGGAGAGGAGAGUCUAGUUGAAUGGGCUCGACCAUUGCUUAGCCAAGCUCUUGAUACUGAGGAAUUUGAAGGCUUAGCAGAUCCAAGGCUUGAUAAGAACUACGUUGAUAAUGAAAUGUUUCGAAUGAUCGAGGCUGCUGCAGCUUGUGUGCGACAUUCAGCUGCCAAGAGACCACGAAUGGGACAGGUUGUGAGAGCUUUCGAUAGCAUGGCUAUCUCAGAUCUAACCAAUGGAAUGAGGGUUGGUGAAAGUGAAGUAUUUAACUCUGCAGAACAAUCUGAAGAAAUUAGAUUGUUUCAGAGGAUGGCAUUUGGGAGUCAAGAUCACAGUACAUAUUUUUUUAGUCAAGCUAGCUUGGAUAGUUAAGAGUAUGCCGCCGAUAUUAGACAAGAUGAGUGCAUUUUUACUUAACCGAGAAAUAUUGAGGUUUUGUCAGUCUUGAACCUGGCUGCAUCAGAUGUAGGUACCGAGGUCAAGCUCUUUGAUUAAAUUUUGUGAGUAGGUUUAUUCGCAGCUUAUACAUAUUAGAUUAUGAUUUUUUUUUUCCUAGCAAUUUUUUCCCUUGUAAGUAAACAGAUGGAAGUUCUUGUUAUCACCAAUAUGUUUUAUUCAAAGGUUAUUGUCAUCCUUUUUUCAAA